AUGAAUCCUAAACCUGACGUCCCACGGGCCCAAUCCCGGUUUACCGUUGUUAUUCCCAUGGCCGUUCAGGCUCUUAUCAUCACAAAAGAAGUUACUCAAACCGCUGCUCAGUUUGCCCCCCUCAUCGAACCCGACUAUGCAGCACUACUACAACCCCCUGGCCUUGGUGCGCCGGUCCACGACCUCAUGGACAGCCUCGACCUGUCCUACUGGCGUAUGCAGGCCAGAUACAGCACGCGGUUUGUUGAUCUUACCAGUGGAGAACCGCGGGCCGGCCGUACAGGAGUGUAUCUGAGCUGGUGUCUACCGCGUGUUUACCGCGGUGCCAUUACAGCGACCGACAGCGCGCUCGCAGGCGAGACAGACGUCCAAGGCGAGAGCAAGAGGCUAUGGGAGUCUCGCAAAGCCAGGGCAGGCUUCAAGUGCGAAACCAAGUCAACUGAGCCAUCAGGGACACGAGUUUCGGAAGAAAAUGGCGUGCAAUUCCGAUCGGCGCCCGACCGUUGGAUCGUCGUCCGCCAAGUGCGCAACAAACCUGAGCUGACAAAGUACACUCUGGUCGAGAGCAACUGCAUUCGCACAAUUGACGAUGCCGAGAUGCCCGACGACGUUGAGGCCGAGACGUGCCCAGCAAUGGAUCCAAAUGAACGUCUUGAUGCGCAAGGGAUUUUGCGCAUGGGACGCUCCAGCGAACUUACAAAAGAAAACUUGGAGGAUGCCCAAACGCGCAAAUACCGGGAGCCGUUCAACGCGUUUGAGAUGGGGCACGAGUUCUUUGCCGACUAUGCCCCGCACAACAUGGGAUCGCUGUCGUACUUUGAUGCCCUCGACGGUAUAGAAAACGGGUCACUCAACUACCUGGUGGUUGGAUAUCACUCUUCGGCUGGUGACUUCGACCCGCUGACGUUCAUGGACGCUGAGAAGCUUCUUCCAACUGAGAGUGACGAUUCCGGCGAGGAGGGUUCCAUGAGCAACAAAGAGCUUCUCGACGCGCUCCAUCUCACCAUGGAUGAGAAGUCGCCUGUCCGUGAGAAUUUCCUGCAGGCCAUGGCCAGUCCAGUCAAUCGCACUCUCACUCAGGGAAUCAUCCGCAACGUACGAUGGAACCGGGCUAGCACAGGUCGUUUGCGCUGGCCGGCUGCCUCACUUCAACAAGCCGUGUACGCAGAGACUCCUAUUUCCAUUGGGACUCACAUGAUGGACGCACUCGCUGCAUACAUCCACAUAGCACUGGACCCGAUGAAUGCCAGCUCAACGAAAACGCAAUCAGUCCUAGGACAGCUCAUUACCCGAAUUUUAGCCCAAGACAGCGACGCCGAUUCUCUUCGACGGGCAGCUGAAGACGCUGCCUCGCUCUCGUUUCUGACACGAUCUGAAGGUACAGAAUGGCGUCUUCCCAAGAACGAGACUGAAGAUGAGCCCAAGACAUUUGCCCUCGCAGAUUCAGGAAAGAUGAACAAACUCGCCCAAGAAGCGCACAUCGAAAUGCUGGCGCCGCUCAACGAAGGCCAGCUGAUGCUAGAUACAUGUGCUCGUGAGUCUGCGCAUCUCAUGCAGCGACUAUUUGGGUGCUGGUGCCGCGCAGCUUGCCUCAGAAGUCUUUCCGCAGAAAACCAAAUCUUUGUAAAGCAGAAGAUUCAAGCGGAAGCCGAGGAGAUUCAAACUCAGCUACAGGAGCUGAGCAAUGUUAUGGCAUCUACCAAGAAAACCGUUGAUAAGCUCAAGACAGAGGUUGAGACGCUUAUUGGUGGCGGAAAGAAGCUCGAGGCGAUACCGACAGAUCCCUAUGGCCGACACCAAGAUCCCACCGUUUUGGUGGCGGGUGCCAAGUCUGGAUGGCCUCGCGACUUUAACGAAGUACUACCGGUGCGGCUUGCUUCCGAUAUCUCGCCAAAGCCUUCCGAAACUACGGCUGCUGAAACGUGGCUGAACGAUAUACUUCCAGAUAUUUCACAGCCAGUCAAUGCGCUUCUGCGAGAGUUAGAAUGGCCUUCAGUCACCGGCAACCCAAACCCGUAUGCCGCUAUGGAGGACAUGGCCAAUACCCAGGGCUGGUUUCCGCUCUUCCUAGAGUGGGAGCUCGAGUAUUACCACGUGCCCUUUGCGAAGUGGAAUUUUGAAUCUGACGAGGAGACCGGUCGCUGGCGAUAUGUUGUUCCGCCUGGAGCUGACGGGAAGCCAUCGUUACCACGGGACAAGGACGUUGGCCAAGACAUGCGUCCUAUCAGGGGUCGUACCGCGUUCCUCCCAGAGCCGGGGAAGACGUUGCGUGCGCGUCUCGAGCAACUGUUUGCCAAGUCACCAGCCAAGAGCGAAAGGGAUGAGCAAACGCGAGAGAAACUGCUGAAAAAGGUUGCGGGAUUUGAAUUCUUUUCUGCGCCCCUUGCCGGCCUCUCUAAUCAUCUCGUGACGUUGUGCCAAGGACACCAUCCAAGACCAGCAGCCGAUGAAGCCAUACGUACUAUACUCGGUAUAGAAGUAGAAACUAUGGAACUCCUAAUGGGAACUUCGUCACCCGUGCAAGAGUUGGCGCCAUACGGAUACACCACGCCGCUACCGCUAUCACAUACUUCCACUUUCAGCCCGUUCAAGCCUGUUACUCACGGGCAGGCACGCUUCACGAAGUUUGCCAUAGUCGACAAGUUUGGCCAGGUCGUGUCAGGUCUCCGCCUCGGUCCCACUGGAGAUGGAGCCAUGUAUCCGAGCAUCUCGCCCAGUCUGGCUUGUGGUGUCAUUCCAGCACGCAAGGGAGAGCCCGAGGACCAGUACUGGCCAAACACCGUUGUUCAGGCCGAGGACGAUGAGGAUGGUCACAGUCUGUGCCAGUUCUUCCAGAUUCCGCCGCGAAUCAACCAACGAGCACGCCUUAAUGCUCACUUUCUAAUGCCACUGUCCGAUGCAGACGUGAUCAAAACUAGUGCCUCCCAGCCCAUCACGAGAAGGGUUGUUGGAGAAUGGGACCCUCCGAUCUGGGCGUGGCUGUUGCCCAACUUCCAGAACCACGGUAUUCAAGUGUACAAUGCCCGCGGAGACUUUGUUAUCGAGAUCAUCCUCGUUCAUUCAGACUCGACUGUAAUUGUAUCCGAUGGACCCAAGGACGCAAUGGCUCUUCCGCCGGCCACUGGUAGACUGCCGUCGCUGCUCAAAGCAAUGCGGCAGUACGACUUCUCAUCGUCACUAUUCGAUAUGCUUGCCGGAGCAAGCGACAGCAUGCUUUCAUCAGGUGCCGACUUUGAUACUGCUUUGCCGGCUGCACUUGGACGUCCUUUUUGCGUCGCCGACGUGGGUGUGUCAAUCGAGCUGAGUACACCGCCACUCAGCAAUACCUCGUUGCUUUCCCCCGAGUGCAGGGAACUUGGGCUCCUCGACUAUGAGUUUUCAGUUGCACUGGGAAAUCACACUGCGGCGUUUGACGGUCUCGUCGGUACUUUUCCUGCGUACGGUGAGAUUGACAAGGUAGCCACAGCGUUUGACCGUGACGCUGUGCAACUAAACAUCGACAGCUCUGGUACCACGACAAGAUUCAGACCUGCCAGCGAGCACCCACAGCCACUACGAGUCAAGCCGUAUUUCCUCCCUGGCACACGUAGCGACAUUGCCACCGGGCAUCGAGAGCAUUUAACUCCAAUCAGCGUCAUCAUGGACCCCAAGGCGCCAAUCCACGCCUACUCUGGCUCGUUGUUCCCGGUGAAAGAGCUGUCGCUACCGCGCUGGCCAAUGGAUGACGCAUUGCGAAGCAUGCGAGCUUUCUUCGCUGCAGGCCCCAUUCUUGUUACAGCAAUGCCUCCGCCAGGAGAUUCCCAUGCUAUGUCUAUAGACCCUGAUGGCAAGAAUCUUGAGCCCGGGAUCCAGAUGCCGCUCGGUGGAGGAGAAGGGAUCAGUACCUGGCGAUGGCUGCAGCCACGGCUGGAAGACGGGUGUGUUGCAGACGGUAAUCAGGUAAAAGAAGCGAAAAUGAAGUGGAGGGAUGUCGCUAUAAGACCUUUGGAUAAAGAGCUCAAGGUUGAUGCGUCUGUUGAGAGCGAGUUGGUGGAAGGCUACUACGAAUUAGUUGUCCAAUUCACAAUACUCUCAAACGACUAUCAUUCCUUCAACCCAUCUAUAUCAACCGAUGAAUGUUUAUUGCUGGGCCAAUACUUCCAAGAUCCAGGCGUCCGUCUUAUCGACUCUCCUUUCGGCCAUGGCCGAAAUGGGAAUGCCCCCUGUCCAUUCGAGGCCCGCACAUCCAUCGCCGCCAUGGCCUACUCAGUCAAGUCUUACUUUAUCAACGUUGGAACGGGCGAUUCCAGUGUGCAUCUCUUGCUCGAUGGCGCCGGGGGGGUAGAAUCAGCUGUACUGAUUGAUGGCGGCAAGUCCGCAGCCCAACAAGUUGUCCAAGGAGCUAUCCACCAUAUCCGCCAGAUGAGCUACCCAAACUUCCUCUUCACUACCAUCGUGGUGUCCCACUGGGACGACGAUCACUACGCCGGUCUUUUAGCCUUAUUGUACAACGAUUGGAUAUUCAACAACGGCGCCUCCUCCUACAUUGCCCCAGGCGCGACCUUCUACUGCCCAUUGCGAGCCGCCGAUCGUGAAAUGGCGGAUGAAAAGUACCGCGUACACUCCAACAUCGACGGCCCCGAUGACAGUCUGGAGUUCCUUUCCCCCACCCAACAAUGGAUAAAAGUUUGCAAAGCCAUGACUGGUACAUUCUGUCUUGGCCACGAUCUCUUCGCUCGAAAGCAUAUAGAAAUAGGCGAUAAUGACAGAAACACCACCCAGCGAACAUGGCCCUGUACGCUGCUGAAUGUCUACACCCAGACCGUUCACACUCCGCACAUACGUAUCUCACUCUUUACUGGCGGAGACGCCCCUCAGGCCCAGGAACAGAUCAUGUUGGAUUGGAUAGAAGGCCCGAACCCGGAUCAGAAGAACAAUGUGACCAUAAGCGCGGUCAAGGCCAGUCAUCAUGGAUCGCAUCACUCGACUCCGGAGGGGAUCUUCUUACAUAGGCUCCAGCUGUAUAUCAUCUCGGCCGGCCGUCACUACGGACACCCAAGUCUUGCCGUCGUGUACUGCUUCCUCGCCAUAGCUGAGUUGUUGAACCUGCGGACAGGCACCGACAUCCCGAGACCAACCAUGGCUUGUCUCAACGAACCCUAUUGGCUUGUCAACGAGCCAGACAAACUCAGAAACAUUGACUUCAACCCAUUCACAGUCAUGAGCUGGGGUACUACGGCGAGGGCGAUCCAGGAACGGCUUGAAAGCAUCGGAUGGGCCAAAGCAGAUGGUGGCUUCCUCGAAUCCUACCUCUUAGCUUAUUACGGGACGGCAAUGAAACUUGCCAAGACGUAUUUGAGUAUCCGCUAUCCGCACGCACAAAUUAAAUCAUGGGAAGAUAAAUACUAUACCCAUCCCAUGACCCUCUCACCUCGACUUCGUUGGAGCAAGCAAGAGUUGAACCCGAGGGAACUGGAAGAGUUGAGAGACGAGGUUUUCUACGUCCUCAUUGAAAGGAUACAACAGCAGAUGCAAGUGUACUGGCCGAAUUUCUGCAAACCCGACUUGGGCAACCACCCAAAAGUGCAGUACAUCGAAAUGACCGCGACCGCAGAUGAAGAAGUCAUCGACCACAGAGUCGAGGUGCAUUACACUCCUGUUGCCGUGAACAUUGUUCAAGAUGCUGGCAUCUGGGCUGAAGUCGACGCGGAGUCUGUUGGAGACCAGGAAAUUGCCUGGGAGAGCAUCGCAACGACAUCGACUGAAGAAGAGGAAAUGAGGGCAGAGUUGGUGACGCGAGCUACGAACCCCCUAUUCAAUCCGCGAAGCUCAAGAGAAACCAGCCAACCUGCAGGAGCGAGGCCGUACCACCGCGAUCCAUUUUCACCUCGUCCUCCUGUCGGUUCUUCUAUCGAGGGGCGAAUCACCUCCACUCUGGUUCGUGGCCUGUUGGACUCAAGGCCCGAACUGACCUAUGAGUUUAACGAAACACUGUCUGCAACCGAAUCUCGAUGCAGCGAAUGGUUCGGCCAUUGUCUCCAAGGUGCUGUGUCACUAAAUCUUGUCGGAGCUAUGGGUAACGAGCGAGACAUCUCACUAAGUCGGGCUGAAAUUCGUCUUGUGAUACCUGACAAAGGUGUUCCCGAUGCACAGCAACAGCCGUCCCUGGGUGGAGGAAACGAUACGCAACAUCCGAUUAUGCUCUUCUCAACAGACAGAGGCACCCGGGAACUCCAAUUUGAUCUUCAUAAGGAGGUUGGGCAACAACAGACUGCCUUGGGCUACGAUGCAAACGUACAGGGCAUUCUGUUUGCACUGGACGUGAAAUUAUCAACCAGCACCCUCAAUCUUGAGCAAUUUUCCAGACUCGUCGGCUUUUCCCAUCCACCACAUGGGGUCAUGGCGAGCUUGCUCAGUCUCAUCGCUUUGAAACCCCUUGAGCACAGUCGCUCUGGGCUUUGGUUCAUUCCCCACUUCAACUAUCGCACAGUCAUCCGUCUAGCGAUGGGGGUAUCAGAAGGCAUGGAUCUGCUCAAAGGCAAAUUGGAAAAAUCGCUCGGCUCUCUGCGCAUCACAGACGCGGUGUUUAUCGGAACUCAGGUUACAGAAACUUUGGGUCCCAAGCACAGCAAGUCAUUGAAGAAAUUGAGUCUCCAGGCAAUGGUCAACUGGACCGAUAAAGACAAAGGCCCGCCUCAAUUUAAAGGAGUGGUAGCAAUAAAUUUCACAAACCAAGGUUUGGAAGUUGUCAUCAAGUACUCCAACAGUUCGAACUUGCUGUCCAGCUUGUUGACUUGGGCCAAGAGUGUCAUGCCGGACGUUCCAGGGAGCUUCGAGGUUCGAGGUGAGCAAUUGAACGCCUCGGAUAUAGAAGAGCAGCUGCGGCAUGUCAAUGGCGAGACGGAGAUUUCUGUCCACCGCGUGGCUAUUUGUUUAGACCACAACAUGAAGCCCUGCUCCUUUGAGAUUGCUCUUGAGAUCAGCAGGCCAGUCACCGUUCGAGGCCAGAGCAAACAAGUGCCGUUUCUAGCUACCUUGCAUUGGGGAAAUAGCGUAUUCUCACUGUCAGCCGAAUUAUGGCGUCCUGGAUACUAUGGAAGCCUCCACAAGGAUUUGCACCCAUUCCAUGAAGACACUCUUAUCACGGCGCCUAGCACAGGCAGGGAAGUCUACGAAAUCCCACUUGCGGAUCUGCUUCAUCUGUCAGAUAUGCCCUCAUUCCUGCCAGAUACAAUCUCGGACGCCCGGUUCACCAUUGGGAGGCGCUCGGAGCACACGUUUGCCGCAUUGUCCGCCACUAUCGAGUGCAAAUCAAGCUCUGAGACCAUGUCUAAUGAAGCGUACCCUCCUCUACUACGUUUGCAAACAGCUUCAUUGUCGGUUGCACUCGACUUCAUACCAGGCAAAACAGCGGCCGACAUUGCGCUUUAUGCGUCAGUUGUACUCACCCCUCCACCCGUCUUAGACGACAACAACCUGUCGGGAUCAGUGCAUGACCACAUAAAAAUCAACUUCAAAGUCGUCUACAAGCGGUACGACGACCAAAAGUCUCUCUGGGCAGCCUCCGCAAGCGUAGAGGACCUCAAGGUGGCACACCUGUGUGACCUGUUUGCCAGGGACGGCUCCGGUGAUGCGAUUUUAGAUCUCAUGGCCGGAAUCCACAUCGUCAGGGCAGACAUUUCGUAUCAGUAUCACUCAAAUGGAACCACUUCACUUGCCAUAAAAGGGAAGCUUCGCUUUGGUCUAGAAUCAGAAAGCGGUGUGGAACUUGAGCUUGGCUACUCGCACAAUGGUGAUAAGUGGUCCUUCACGGCCAAGUUGCGUCCUGCUACGACAGAUGGCGCAUUCCGCGUCGUGGAAUUCUUGCAAGACCUUGUGGAAGACGAGUCUGAAUUGCCGGAACUAGUGCGAAACCUGAAAGUGCCUCGCAACAAGCUCAGCGCUUUGCUCACUUGCACCCAGGUGACGGACGAAAACAGUAACAAGUUUGUGGUGUUUUCAUUAAACAUCAUGGUAGGUGAUCUUAACAUCACCUUUGUCCAGCUUCGUUCAGUCACCGCCGCCAAGGCCAGGUCAUUGGCUAGGGAAAACGGAAACUUCACGGAUGCCGCUGGAGACGUUGGCCCGGCUCGACUUCUGCGUGUGUCACUCACCAAGUUCCCAGACCUCCCACACAUGCCGGUCAUUGGUGCCGUCGAGCAGCCGUUUGACCAGCUGGGCAUUGUUUGGACAAAUCGGAAUGUGACUGCAGCCGAAAUUGCAAUUAUCAACAAAUCCGUUCUUGAGGAGUUGCCUCUGCUGAGUCGCACGAAUAAGACGGGCUUGGAGCCUCUCCUUGAAGGUUUUCACUUCCAAGUUUCCAUGUUUGAGGCCGGCAAGCCUAAACUCGUGUUGGAUCAUGUUGCAAAGAAGAAGAAGAAGGAGAAGAAGAAGUUGAUGGGCGAUGCUACUUCAACUGCGCAGGAAGGUGAUGGUGGUGAGCCCAUCUCUGAGUCUGGAAAAUCCGGAAAGACAGUCGCACCUAUGGCAAAAACAGCCGGACCUCUUUCCAUCACCAAUAUUGGACUCUCCGUGUCUGGUUCUUCAUACAGCACCAUAAGCAUUUCUCUCGAUGCCACGAUUCAACUCGGCCCCGUGGGCUUCGCGCUGAUGGGUUUCGCAUUCACCGUCGAUCUUGCCAGCGUCACCAGUCUAGAGGGCCUUAGUAAACUGCCAUUUCGUGUUGACGUUAAGGGCAUGGCUGUUGCAUUCGAGAAGCCCCCUACCCGAAUGGCGGGUCUAAUUCUAAAGUUUGACAACUUGGACGAAGCCGGCUUCAUGGGAGCAAUCGCCAUCUCCUUCAAGACUUGGUCAGCCAUCGCAAGCGGCAUGUAUUCGGAAGGAAAACCGCCUAACCAGAACAAGUCCAUGUUCGUGAUAGGCGCAGUCCGAGGACCCAUCUUCACCCUCGGCAGCGUCGAAGUGAACGGCCUCACAGGCGGGUUCGGAUACAACUCCAGACUGACUUUGCCUGCCGUCUCGCAGGUUGCUGAGUUUCCAUUUAUUGCAAUGAACAAUAGCAUAGCGCCUCCAGAGUCUCUGGCAAAUACCCUUUCCACGUUGAAGGGCAGCAACAGUGACAGUCGAGCUUGGAUCACGAUGACUCGCGACGACAUGUGGAUGGUGGCUGGCGUCGGUCUUAGAGCUUUCCAGAUGAUUGACGCGCAGGUUCUCAUUGCUCUGACUCUCUCAGAGCAGCCCAAGUUUGCCGUCCUAGCCCAGGCCACUGCUAUAUUCCCUAAGUCAGCCCCCUCACAAGAUGCCCUUAAUAAGGCUUUUCUGUUUCUCGAUAUUGUGCUCUACGCAGAAGUUGAUCCGCUUCAUGGGACUAUCUUUGCGAGUGGCGAGCUUACUCCUCGGUCUUUUAUUCUCAAUCCCUCAUGCCGCCUAACCGGGGGCUUCGCCUUUCAGCUAUUCCUUCCGGGCUCCCCACACGAAGGGGACUAUGCUUUUACUGUCGGCGGCUAUAACCCACAGUACUCUCCGCCAUCGCACUAUCCUAUGCCUCCUCCGCGUGUUGCGAUUAGCUGGCAAUACGACUCGCAAACUCGCAUCUUGGGCGCAGCCUAUUUUGCCGUAACACCGCAGAUCGCUAUGGGCGGUGGGCGUCUUGACUUGUCUGUCAACCGGGGCUGGAUCCGUGUCAUCUUCAGCGCCUGGGCAGACUUUUUUAUGCACUUCCACCCCUAUAGUUUUAACAUUGAUGUUGGUGUAACAUUUUCGGCCGAGCUCAACUUGAAGGUUGCAUUCUGGAAUGUUCACCUUGGUCCAUAUGAAUUUUCUGCUCGGCUUGGGCUUUACGGACCGCCUUUAGCAGGUUAUGCUCAUCUGCAUUUCUGGCGGUGGGACACCGUUGUCGUCUUUGGUCCAGCCGCCUCACCACCACAACCGCUAUCCUGGGAGUCAUUUGUGCGCAUGGUGAAGAACCUGCCAGCUGAAUCGCAAGACAGAUCAGAGGACAGGACACCCAAUCACAUUAUCACCAUCACGAAGGGUGCAGUUCCUGCGGAAAAGAAUCAUCAACCAGCAAAUCAAAGUAAUGAUUCGGUUUCAAUCGAUAUUCGCGGUACCCACCUUGAGUUUGAAGUUCAGGUGCGUGUGCCGGUUUUGAAAGCAACAUUCAUUGGUGAAACCUCACCAAAGGAAUACCAAUCACCACUGUUUGCGCGCCCUAUGCAACAUGAGAAGCCCAUUUCGGAGUCACAUCUCACGGUUGAGCUGAAAGGCCCCAAAGGCUCAGUUCCUCUGCAGAGCCAGCAGGCCAGUGUCAAAAAUGUGGCCCCAGCUCUGUGGGGACGAUAUGAUAGAGCCCCGGCAUCAGCUACCAAUGCUACUGAGCCAAUGUUGCAGCAUGUGAUGGGCUUCAAUGUCAUUGUAUCGCCGAAACUACGAUCUUCAGACAAUCUCCCUGUAAUCGAUAUGGUCAAAUUCAACUCAGUUGACAUUGGCAAGGAGGGUAACAUGAAAAUUCCAGUUGUUGCUACGGCUGGAGGUAGUGACAAGAUAAUUAAAGGUGAGGGCUCAGACGCAGGAUACCGAGGGCACGCGCAUUUUCUAGAUGUGUCAGCCUUGGGGGCGAAGAAUGGUUCACAAAGAAGCAAAACACGGAGUGUCAUGAAGGUUUGGCAGGCUUAUCGAUUGCGAUCUGAAAAACAAGGAGUUAGUAGGAGACUAGGAGUAGUGGAUGAUUUCCAUAUAGAUUAG